GGCAAAAGUGUUCCCAAAGUGUUAACAUCUCGUGGUUUUCACAGUAGUUGAAAUUCGUUAUGUCUAAUUCCGAAGCCGUAGCAUUCUCCUCAGGAGAUAGUUUCCAUCCGUCGGAUGCAUCGGAAAGCGACAGCAGUCAGGAAGAGGAUUCUGUGUAUUCAGAAUUCCUCAGGAAACGAAAACCGAGGACAAGCACACCAUCAGCUUCAAAAACUUCUAAACAGAGACGCAGCAGAGUACUUACACCAAUGACUCCAGCUUCUCAAGAAUUACAUGUACCUGAAACACCAACAACUAGUGGAACUAAUUUAUCCCUUGGUCAAGAGAAUCGGAUAAUUGACUACCUCAGGUCAAUAGAUCGGAAGAUUGACUGUUUGUCGACAGAAGUAAAAAACCUCAGGGAGGAGAUUUCCUCAAGCAAAGACUGUAGAAGGAAGGAAGACCCGAAACCUACCAUACCUCCAAGAAUCAGAACAGCAGUUCAUGAUGCAUACAAGCAUGCUAUAGAGGAUGGUUCUGAAGAAUGGGUGACCAAAAUGGCAGACAAAAAAAUGAAGGUCUCAUCUGAUGAAAAUAAGGAGACAACUGAAGCGGUAAGGCGCUUUGUGAAGGGACUUUACCCUGAGGUUCAGGAUGGUGUAAUCCAAGCUGCUGUGGGGAGGUACUUUGACUCUAUAUCUCAAAAAAACCACAAAGAGACUACAGGAAAAGUAGACAAGCACAAAAUGAAAAUGCUUCAUUAUAGCAGAAGAAAAAGGAAAUUGCAGUGGAGAACAUCCAUGAUCUCCAAAAAAACUGGUUGGGAUGAAGAGAAAAAGAGGCGUGUCCGUGAUGCCAUGGACAUUACGUACAUGUCCUCGGAGGAAGAGGUAAAUAGUGAUGAGGACUCCUUCUUCACUGUCAAACCGCUGCCAUGGAGAUCUGAGGAGUUCAGCGGGAUUAUUGCAGAGCUGGACUCCAAGUUCGAGAAGACUCAGUCAAGUCGCUCUCGAAGGCAAAAAAUAAAGAGAGUCAAGGGCAAUAACCCCUCUGAAAGACCAAAACCCACUCUCAGAGAUGGGCAUGAGUGGGUGUUUGUAUAA